AUGGAUAAGGGCAAGGACACGGAGGGCGGCGGCGGCGUCCGGUACCGGGGAGUGAGGAGGCGGCCAUGGGGGAAGUUCGCGGCGGAGAUCCGGGACUCGACGAACCAAGGGCAGAGGGUGUGGCUGGGGACUUUCGACACGGCGGAGGAAGCAGCCAGGGCAUAUGACAGAGCUGCUUAUAACAUGAGAGGCUCAUUCGCUGUUAUCAACUUCCCAAAUGAGUAUCCUCUCACAGCUGGUCGUUCUUCUAACACAGCAACUUCUUCUUCAUCAGCAGCUCCUUCUUCUUCUUCUUCUUCAUCUUCGAGGAGCCGCCAUGAAGUGUUCGAGUUCGAGUACCUGGAUGAUAAGCUGCUGGAGGAGCUUCUGGACUGUGAGGAGAAAAAGAAUUACAAGGGAAAGUGA